AUGGCGGGCGGCAGCAAGGCCGCGGCCGCUGUAGCCGUGGUCUUGGCCUUCCUACUCUUCGUCGUCGCCUCGUCAGCAGCCGCCGCCGCACCCGACAUGUCCAUCGUCUCGUACAACUCGGCGCACGCCGUCUGUGGGCUGGAGCGGACGGAGGCCGAGGUGCGCGCGAUGUACGACCACUGGCUGGCGCGGCACGGCCGCUCGUACAAUGCGCUCGGCGAGUACGACCGCCGGUUCCAGGCGUUCUGGGACAACCUCAGGCUCGUCGACGCCCACAACGCCGACGCCGACGCCCACGGGUUCCGCCUCGGGAUGAACCGCUUCGCCGACCUCACCAACGACGAAUUCCGCGCCGUCUAG